CUUCACAUUCGCCGCCGCCCGCAAAAGAUUUCCUAUUUCUUCUUCUUCUUCUUGCCCAAUUUCCUUUAUUCCUUCUUCUUCUUCUUCUUUUCUCUUUAAUAUGUGACGACGAGUGCAAUCGUUGAUCUUGAAGUGAAUGAGCUAGCCAACGAACAUAUGACAACUCCGUAUAGUAAUUACUGGGCACCGUUUCGCAAACUUUCGUCAAAAUGUGGCAGUGUUAGCUCGCCUUUGAGAAUAGGCUGCCAUGUCUCUCCUAUACAAGCUUGCCUGAAGGACUCGGAUAUAAGUUUGCAUUUAGAGGCUAAGGCUAAUCCCCUCUUGGAUAGUAUCAAAUGGGACGACAAAGGCUUGGCGGUGGCAAUAGCUCAAAAUGUUGAUACGGGAGAUGUGUUAAUGCAAGGUUUCGUCAAUAGAGAGGCUCUUUUGAGAACCAUUUCCUUGAGAAAGGCAACAUUCUAUAGCAGGUCACGAUCAACUUUGUGGACCAAGGGAGAAACCUCAUCUAAUUUCAUCAAUAUCUGCGAUAUCUUUCUUGAUUGUGAUCGUGAUUCUAUCAUUUAUCUUGGGAAGCCAGAUGGCCCGACUUGUCACACUGGAGAGCAGACGUGCUACUACACCUCGGUCAACAAUGUCCUAAACAAGCCACAAGUCAGUAAAAGUAAACUUGCAUUGACGACUCUGUACUCACUAGAAUCUACAAUUUCGAAACGCAAAGAAGAAUUGAUGGAAAGCACAGAUGCGAAGCCAUCCUGGACGAAACGCUUAUUGCUUGAUGGCGAUUUACUGUGCUCAAAAAUUAGGGAAGAGGCAGAUGACCUGUGCCGGACACUAGAGGAGAAUGAAGACCAGUCAAGGACUGCCUCGGAGAUGGCCGAUGUGCUGUAUCAUGCCAUGGUUUUACUAGCUCGGAGAGGAGUUAAGGUUGAAGAUGCUAUUGAAAUUCUCAGACACAGAUUUUCACAAUCAGGCAUCGAAGAAAAGCACAGCCACUUUGGGCACACUGUCACGCUCAUGAGGCUGUGAGGAGGUUGAGGUGCUGUUGCUCAAGCCCAUGUUCCUAGUUUUGUGAAGGAGGAAGGUUCCGGUUACAAUGGUGACAAAGCCGCAGAGU